CUCCCUAACUAAAAGGAAUGGAAUGUUUAGGAUUUAAGGAAAGGUAUUUUAUCAGAACUGCUAACCCUAAAUAGGUUCUUUUAGGAUUUCCCUGUUUAACAACGCGUUGGUAGCGUCGUUGAUAACGUGUAUUUAUUUUGCCCUGCACUUCCUUGACGCUUCUGGGAAUCCUGAAGAAUAGUCCCGCCAGGCUGGACGAACACUGCACAGCUAUGGAGAAUGAACCCAACACAACGACGUGUUCUGCAUCUACGACUACUAUCACUACCACCUCCACGUCCCGGACCCCGCUCCCGCAGAUAUCUGUCUACAGUGGCUCUGACAGGCAUGCCGUCCAGGUUAUUCAGCAGGCCUUGCACCGUCCUCCUAGCUCAGCUGCUCAGUACCUCCAGCAGAUGUAUGCAGCCCAACAGCAGCAUCUAAUGCUGCAGACUGCUGCUUUGCAGCAGCAGCACUUAAGCAGUACCCAAUUUCAGAGUCUGGCAACUGUACCACAGGCAAGCCUGUCAGGUGGGAGGCAAUGUACUUCCCCCCCUGGGAGUGUCACUCAGCAGUCAAGCAUGUCGCAGACCUCGAUUAACCUCUCCACCUCUCCUACACCUGCACAGAUAAUAAGCCGUUCACAGACCUCCAACACCACCAGCAGCAGUAUUACCCAACAGACUAUGUUGCUGGGGAGCACCUCGCCAACCCUGAGUGCAAGCCAGGCUCAAAUGUAUCUCCGAGCUCAAAUGCUAAUUUUUACUCCUGCUACCACUGUGGCUGCUGUCCAGUCUGACAUUCCUGUUGUCUCAUCAUCUUCCUCAUCUUCCUGUCAGUCUGCAGCUACUCAGGUUCAAAACUUGACAUUGCGCAGUCAGAAGCUGGGUGUGUUGUCAAGUUCGCAGAAUGGCCCACCAAAGAGCAGCAGCCAGACUCAGUCGUUGUCUCUGUGCGCUAAUAAACCUGUGAGCAGUACCAAGGGCAGCCAACCAGAUCCCUCCGAGAGCAAUAGAAAAGGUGAUAGCCCAACUCCAGAGUGUCGGAGUACGCCGGUCACACGGACAUCAAGCAUACACCAGUUAAUAACACCAGCUUCAUAUUCUCCAUUGCAACCUCAUUCUCUGGUAAAACAUCAGCAGAUCCCACUUCAUUCACCACCUCCAAAGAUUUCACAUCAUCAGCUGAUACUGCAACAGCAGCAGCAAGUCCAGCCGAUUGCACUUCAGACUCCUCCUGGUCAGGAGCCCCCUCCGUCACAGCACUGUCUGCCACUCCCAAGCCAUGGUCUUCCUCCAGCUCCCAGCAGCGUCCAGUCUCAUUGCUCACCUAUUCACAUCCAUCCUCCACCUCUGACGUUAUCUCCCACUCCAUCCCAGUCAGCUCAGCAGUCGGUUGUGGUCUCCCCUCCACCUUCUCACUCCCCUAGCCAGUCACCCACCAUAAUCAUUCAUCCUCAAGCACUUAUCCAGUCACAGGCAAAUUCCCUCGUGCCAACAGCUCUUCAGCCUGAGCAGGGUGCUGCUCAGCAAACUGCUACCAACCCAGUUCGACCAAUUGCACAGCCACUUAACCUUCCGCCACAUCUCCCACUUCCACCCUCCCCUGCUGUACAUAUAGGAUCAGUAGAUCCGCCCAGCUUGGUUUCCUCGGGCCAACAGAUAGUGUCCUCCACACCACACCAGCAAUACUCAGCCUUGCAGUCCACACCUAUCCCUCUUGCAGCUCCUCCACAGCUGUCAACAUCUUCAACCCAGAUUCAACAACUGCCACUGCAGUCUGUUCAGUCGUUACAAGUUCAGCCUGAAAUUCUAUCCCAGGGCCAGGUUUUGGUUCAAAACACUUUGGUUUCUGAGGAAGAACUUCCUGCUGCAGAAGCUUUGGUCCAGCUGCCAUUUCAAACUCUUCCACCACCUCAGACUGUUGCAGUAAAUCUUCAAGUGCAGCCGUCAGUACCAAUUGAAACUCCGGUGAUUUACCAGGUGGAGAAUGUAUGUGAAGAAGAGAUGCCUGAGGAAUCUGAUUGUGUCAAUAUGGUUAGGACACCGACACCACCGACAUUGUCCCCGCCAGCCAUAACCUUGGGGAAUGGAGAGGCACUUAAUUCAGAAGAGCCUUUAUCAGACCAUGUGGGAAUACCUUCAGUGACAUCGUCAGUCAGUGCCUCAGUAAUUAAAUCUCCAUCUGAUCCUUCACAUGCUUCUAUUCCACCACCACCUCUUUUGCUUCCAGCAGCAACAACAAGGAGUAACAGCACAUCAAUGCCCAAUAGCAUUCCUAGUCUAGAAAAUAAACCUCCACAGGCUAUCGUUAAACCACAAAUCCUGACCCAUGUUAUUGAAGGCUUUGUGAUUCAGGAGGGGUUGGAGCCGUUCCCUGUAAGUCGUUCAUCUUUGCUGGUAGAACAGCCUGCAGAAAAAAGAUUGCUAGUGGAGGGUCAAAUCAUGAGUGUUAUGUGUGUUGAAUCAGACUUGCAGAAUACAAAACAUGCAGACAACUCAUCGGACACAGAGAUAGAGGAUAUGAUUGCAGAAGAAGGACUGGAUGAGAUUGAAAAUGAUCUUCUGAAGUGUGAAUUUUGUGGGAAAAUGGGAUAUUCUAACAAGUUUCUGCGGUCAAAACGAUUCUGCUCUACAUCCUGUGCCAAAAGGCACAGCCUUAGUUGCACUAAGAAAUUUGGGCUGUUUACAUCAGACAAGACCAAUCGUUGGAAUCGGAAAUCAGAUAGCCAAAGUCUUGGGCGACGCGGGCGUCGACCGAGUGGCCCUGAUGGGGCGUCACGAGAUCAUUUUCUUAGACAGCUUCCAGUUACUUACCCAUCCGCAGAAGAAGAUCUGGCUUCUCACGAAGAUGCUGUGCCAGCUGCCAUGACCACGCGUCUGCGAAGACAGAGUGAAAGAGAGAGGGAGCGUGAACUUAGGGAACUAAGAAUUAGGAAAAUGCCAGAGAGCAUUGACUUGUUACCAGUGGUGCAAGCAGACCCAUCAGUAUGGACUGUUGACGAAGUUUGGGCCUUUAUACAUUCUUUGCCUGGUUGUCAAGAUAUUGCAGAUGAAUUUAGAGCACAAGAAAUUGAUGGACAAGCUCUCCUCUUGUUGAAGGAGGAUCACCUUAUGAGUGCAAUGAAUAUAAAGCUUGGACCUGCAUUAAAAAUCUGCGCACGUAUCAAUUCCUUGAAAGAAUCGUAGGGCAUGAACAUGAAGGUUUAAACAACAGUUUCUCUAUGACAAAACCAGCAGUAAUAUGCCAACAUCUUCACCAUGGCAUGAGUGUUACUGUGAUGUUUUGUUAAAUACAUGGAGUUUUUCCCACAUAGACAUAAAAGUAUUCCUCUGAUUAUACCAUGUAGUCCUAUAGUUUCCAGCAAUUUAAAAGUUCAUGGUAAAGCCUGAAUAAUACUUUGACUUAAAGUGGGAGCUCAUGGAAAAACAUGAAGUGAAAUAUGCUGUGAUAGUUUAAAUAUUCACCGAUAUGUACUUUAUCUUGUAAUUUUAAGAUUAACACCCCAGCACCCCCCCUAAUCUGAACACCAUUUAGAUUGUGUUACUGUAUUCUGAAGGAUGACUUUUCCCACAUACAGCAGUUUUUGGACUGAAAUCACAGAAGUGUCCACAGGCCCUGUGGAAGCACUGAAAACAGUAAAAUGCUAUGCAUUUAGUUGUGCUCUCUGAAUUUCUUUUAGUCUAGAGCAAAUUGUUUGUAUGGGGUAGGUUGGCAGCCUGUUUUCCUUGUGUAGGCUUACUCUCAUCUCCGCUGCUGUAGUAUAUUCUUUAAGUCUGGAAAUACUUUAAGCCAUGUAGGCAUCUCAUCAAAGUCCUCAUUAUCAGGCUACUGAAAUGCAAUGGCAUGACAUUUUUGCCAGUGGUAACUGAAGCACAUAAGUUACUUUACUCUUUGUAUGCUGCUAUGCACUAAGAGGGCAUUAAGUUGUUCGGUUUCCAGUUUUGCAUGCUGCUAGUUAAACUAGACCAGCAGUUCCCAAAUGAGGAUUCAGAAUGGAUCCUGAGAAAGCGUGAGCACAUUCAGGGUUCAGGAUCCCAACUGCCUAGGCGUGAGGGGUUGAAAACUGCAGCCAGAACUAGCUCAUGUUGAGAGAAGUGUACCCUAAAGACUGGAGGUAAAGAGAAGGGGUAGCGUAGCUCAGACCCUCUUUUUCCUCUUACCACUUCCUUUUUUAACCUGUCUUUCCCUGUAGUGCAUUCCCAUUGCCUCACUGGAAGCUUCCAAGAACAGUAUUUUGUCCGCUGGCUAGUGUGAGCUGGGCUUGCAGUAGUCCAGGGAAGGAGCCCGGUGAGGUCCCUGCAGAGCUUGGUGCAGGAGCAGCUGCCACAGCGGUGGAAGGAGCCUGGAGCUGUAGGUGAGCAGGAGGAGCACCCCUGCUAGGCAGCUCUGGCAGAAAUCCCUGCGGGCCCUGCUUUGAGCCUCUGGCAGGAGAUUUUGGCUUGGAUGCUGCAGAGUGGCAGUGGGAUCAGUCUCCCUCGGUGGUCACUCUUUCACUCUCUGUGCAGCACAGAUACAUUUUCCCACUUACUGACACCCUCAGAAGCUACCUGGGCUCUGAGGCAGCAGCACCUUCUCGAUCUUUGCUUCCCCAUCACACGUGUUUGGAUGUUUGUGGAUGUAUUUUGUACCUUCUGUUCCUUCCCUUUUGCAGCUCCUCUCCCCUUAUGGACAGGCCUAGAUCUCUAAGCUCUCGUGUAGGGAAAGAAGGGCACGUGAGCUGAUAGUUGCUGUGUAUAUUUGAAUUAAAUGUGUGUCUACAGAUAAUGUAUUUUGUAUUUUAUGCAAAGUAAUGCAUAAUAUAUGAUUGUGUAGGGAAAUAUUCAGGGGGACCGUAAAGUAUCCCUAAAAAGAAGAGGAACUGAUCUAAUGUUUGAGAACUGCUGAACUAGAUCAAAAGAAGUCAAUGCACAUACACUGGCUGAAAGGAAGGGUUAUGACAGGUAGAAUAAUAUGUAUAUUAGUUAACUGACCUUAAAGAGUCGGCUGAGAUUACAGAAAAAGUUGUGCUUCAUUCUCCUUUAAUUAGGCUGUUGUGUUCUUUCUAUUAAAAGACUUUCUACCGUUAUCUUCUAGAGAUCAACAUUAGAACCAUUGCUUUUAAUUACAACUGCUUGAGCUUUCUAAUAGCAGAUGUUAUUAAUAUUUUUAUCAACCACUGAAAACUCGAAGUUAGGACAACCCAUUGCUGUUACGUGCUAGUAAGUGGUGAGAGCCCUAAUCCGAAUGGCACCAAAGGCUUUUAAGAAUUAAUUGAUGUCUGGGUUUAUUUUGGAGGGAAGUUGCUAAGCACUUUCUAAUUAGUUUUUUUUUUUUUUCUGUCUUCAGUUACUGUUGUCAAAUAAACUUAAUUGAAGGUUCGAUGUUUGGCAAUGUUCAAUUGAAAGAUACUCAAGUGAUGAAGACAGGUUCCCAUCUGUAGCAUUUCUGUAAGAUACCCCGUGUAGUAUAUCUGUAACAUAUGUUCUAAAGAGUAUGUUCUGUUUUGAUGAGCUAAUUGAAGACUAAAGAUAUCUUAGAUAUUUAUCCUUUGGCUUUUGUCUUAAAGUUUUAUUAUUUUUAUACAGAAAUUUCACUGGCUAACUUUUAACCUGUUUUCUGAUUGUACUGUUCUUGGGCAAUGUAAAAAGUAGGUGUACUUACAUGUGAAUUGAUAAUGGCUUAAGGCAUAUUUAGAAAUGUGGGCUGAUGUUGUGAGUCCUAUUUAGACCUGCAGUUAAUCAAUGUUACGUGCAUGAGAAUUUCACGGUUGUUUUCAUUUUGUUUUAUGAGACAGCUUUCAGGAGAACCUCUACGGCUAGUGUUUAUAUACAACCCUGACUAAUCACUGACAGAUGCCAGGAGCUCAGAGGAGACGUGCAUUUGUCAUGUCUGCUCUGGUUCUCCUGGUACACUACAUUUUCUGUGGUUUUGGAAGAGCCGCGGAUAGUGAGUUAUGCUUUAAAUAUUCAUGAAUGCAGAAACUAAGAAUGUGGGCCUUACUCUUACUGAAAGUUUUUUCUUCUUCAACUCUUUUGUCAUUAACUUUCAAGUGUAGCUAAAGUCUAUUUCAGAAGCUUUUGAAUUUACUCAAAAAAGAUAUGUAUAUUUGGAACAAUAUUCCUCAAGAACAAUUUUGCAUACCAGUCAUUUCUGUUUUGGUUUAGGUCAGUGAGGUUUUCCCAGGUUUAUGCUACCUAUUUCCCUUGGCUUUCCUCACAGAUUAAGCCAGACCCUCUUUCAGAAGAGGAAGUCUUGCUGAAUUUAAUUGAUGUUAAUUUUUUUUAACAGUUGCUCCACUGGAUGUGUCUACCAGAAACCCUUUCCUUUAGAUUUAUUUCAUGGGAUUUUGUAUUCUGCAUUCAGCUUGCUGCUGUUGUGGGCUAUAUCUCAGUAAUCCCUGCAAGAUUUCAAUUCCUGUAGAAAGGAAGGCAGGACACUGUAGGAUCUUAGCUUAAAAGGGAGAUGUGUUGGAUGGCUUUCUCCCUUCUUUUUCCUCCACUGGCUUCUAUCCUACCUUACUCCUGAAGGCAAAGUGCAGCAUUAGCUCAGGGCAUCCUCUCACAGAGCCCUGAGCUUAAUGUGACUGUGGAGAUUUCUUCCAACAGAGCUAAAACUAUUACACUUGUCUCAGCUCAGAGUUUAUUUUGCAUUUUAAAGAAAAGCCCCUGAAUGUUCAAAAUGGGUGCGUAAUUAUAUUCCCCUAAAUGAUCUGGCUCUUAUCACUGAGUGCCCAUGCCUUAGGAGCAUCAAGGAAGCUAGGCCACUUGUUCAAAAUCAAGCCUUGUCGAUGGACUGCUGACUUCUCCAGCCACCCCAUGCCUCACAUUUGGCAAAUUUAUAAGACUUUAUCACCUCAUUUAUACAGAAGGUAAAAAACAGCCAUCUUGUCAAGUUAAAUUCUGUUGGCUUGGAUCACCCCAAAGUUUUGGGGGUUUUAAACAGGCUAAAUUGUAAAUCCAUCACAUCCAUUAAUCUUCUUUGUUAUUUCCCAGGAAUGUUAGAGGGUAGAACUUUUCCUAUUCUUGUGUCGAUAUACCUCAGGUUUAUGUCCUGCAAGCAUUCAUUUCCUCCUUUCUCUCCCAUGAAAGCAUUUUUUUCUUCUAGCUUCUUGACAAAUCACAAGUGAGAAUGCAGCCUUUUGAGCAGGACAGGUGGAGUCCGUCAUAACUGCAGACAUGGCAGCAGGAAAAAAGAAAUGUGUGACGGUAUUUGAGCAGGUUUACAAUAGCUUUUGGAUCACUUUAUCUUGGUCUUAGCUGUAAGGAAAUGUUCAGGUGUAAACUCUAGUUUGAAUAGAAGUUUAUGUAGUGAGACUUUGCUAGCUGGUGUGUCACUAGCAGUAGUGCUGCCUAUUUCAGGCUGCUCUCAUCACAAUAUCAAUGCAGAAACUUACAGCUUAAUCGUGUAAGAAAUUUCUUAUGCAUUGACAGAUGUGUAGCUCACGCUGAUCAGAGAACUCAGUGACAGCUGUGCGGUGAGUCCUCAUUUUGCAAAUAAUUAGGCAUCCACAUAAUCUGUAACACGAGUAGUUCUCCUGAUGGCAUUGAGGCUAUUCAUGUUAAAAUUAAGCAUGUAUAUUAAAGCUUGCAGAGUUAUUUUCUCCUACCAAUAUGGCAUAGAGAUUUUCCGUUAGCAUAUAUUUAGAUACGUAGCUGUCUAACCAGACUUUUACUCAUCAGUUGUUCUAGGCUACAGAUAACGACUCUGCAAAAGAAUCUGUUUGGGAUACUGUUCUCUUUUUUUUUUUUUUCUUGAACUUUCAUCAAACUUAGAGAUGGAGAGAAACUAACACUUCAAUGUGUUUUGUUGCAAGCACACAGCUUCUGUUGAAUGCUGAGUGGAACAGGAAUGAAGAGAGCUAAAAAUGCAUUAUUACAAUGUAAAGUGUUAAUGUCUCGUAGUAAAUACAUUUUGAAGUCACUCUUGCACAAUUAACUGUAGUUUCAGACAGGAAAUAUUAUGAUGAGAAAGCAAUUUAAAAUCACUUAAUGCUUAGUUCACUUAAGCUAAGUCUCGAUUAACUUCUUUUUAAAGGAAUUUGCCUUUGGUCAUGAGAAUUUAGUUAGGUUCUAUGGGUUCUAGGUAGCUAUAGCCACUGGAUGGCUUUGAAAAUAGUGACGUUAAAAGAAGAAAGGUAAUUAUGAUAUAGACAGGAGCCUGCAGUGUAGAUGCUAUGUCCAAUUUCUCUUUCAAAAAGCUGUCUCUAACGUAGUCCAAGAGCUGUAAUCAGAGACUGGGACACAGAUCAAAUGCAAAAGCAGAUAGGACACGUUACCUUGAUCCAUAUGAAUUGGGCUGAUUCAUUUCUACCUUCUGCAUAACAUUGGAGGAGCUCUAUCGUGCCAUUUCUUCUCCAUGUGGAUUUAGCACAUUUGGCACUUUUUGCCCUGCUGGGUCUCAGCUGUGUUGGCCGGAGCAUUUUGUGUAGUGCUUGUCUCCUGGAUCGCAUGGGCAGCACUUCCACAAGUAUUGAAGGCCCUCAUUCUAAGCUGUUAUAUCGGGUUGUGCAACCUCUGUGUUGUAACUCAUACACACCUGCUUAUUCACGUGGAGGUUGUACUUAUAAUUUACUGGUCUCUCAUAGCUGCAUGGAAGGGGAAGAAAAAUUCAAAGGUGUGAGUAUGCUUGUAAUAAAAGAUACGUAGCAAGCUUAUGGUCUGGCUUUUGUAGCUGUUGAUCUGGCUUUCUGAACCACGGUUCUGGGAAUCAGUGUUGUGAGCAGAUUUCAAGUUAAAAAAAUUAAACUUCCAGCUUGUAUUAACUUCCUGCUAAAUUACACAAAAUGAUCAUUUUGCAAGUAAGGAUCUGGAAAAAUGUGAUCGGAAGAGAUUUUUCCACCUAGAAGGAAUUAUAAUUCGAGCACAAAUGUACAUUCAUAGAAUAAUGAUAUUGUUUGAAUGCAACACGUAACAUUUAAGAAGUAUUUUUAACUAUGUGUGAAAGCACUAUUUUUGCAUAGGAUUGUUGAGAGGCUUAUAGUAUUGAUCGUAGGUACCAAAUAAGGGUGCCCUAGCUGACGGUGGGAUUAAGCUAGAAGCACAAAUACAAUUGAUUUAUGGCACACGUCUGCUUUGUGGCUGUGCUCAACAUGCAGGAAGACUUGUGUUGUCCUGUGCUACCUGCUCAGUGUUUUGGCAGCUGGGACAUUACGUCCUCUAUUUGGAAAGUAGAUGGUUGAAAGAACAAUGAAGUGUUCUGCGGAGCCAGCUUCCCUUGAAGAAUUCUUUGUGCUGUACCCUUAGCAAACCAGUACUGAUCAGGAAAGAUGUGUGUAAGAAGAAAGGUUUUAUUAAUGAGUGCCAAAUACUUUCACUUAGAGUUGAAAACACAUAGAAUAGCUCACUAAAUUCAAUGUUGAUUUUUAAGGCAUUCUCAUAAGUUUCUCAUAAAGGGUUAAUGCUUUCGCCACUGUUACCGCUAAUAUUAUAUAAUUCUAUAAGAAUUAAAGGACUGUAAAAUGUUUGCAUGGUAUAAGGUCAUUAGUUGCUGGCACAGCACGAGUAGUAACCUAGGUUCAUGGUUGUCUGUAGUAUGGAUUAUUUCAGAUAUUGCUACUUUUCUUACAUAGCUUCUCCUCUGUGUCUUGCAGUGAAACUGUAAUCCUGUUCUACAAAAUAAUGGUUUAUGGUUUUAUUGCUGUACUCAAGGCUCAGUGUUAAUGACUUCUCAGAAGCACCAGAUAAAAAAAAAAUGCACAAAGGGAGGAAAAGCCUGUUAGGAGGGUAACAGAAUAAAGAUCACAACUGGAUCAGGUAUCUCCCUCCAUAAAGAAGUCACGGAUAAAAAUGGGCUUAAAAUGAGCUACUGUCAAUGUAUUUUAAAAUAGGUACACAUCAGUAGCCUAAGAUGCCACAGUUGGAUGCUAUGUUGAGGCCUGUAGCGCUGCUGUUACCUACUUGGUGGCCGUAAUGACAGCUUAUAGGUUGAUCCUUUUGGACGCUUUUUCCCAAAAAGUAUGAAAGAAAGAGUUUGAUUGUAACACAGGGAUGUGACAUCAGUAUAUUGACAUUUGAUUUGCCUGCAUGUUGUGGCUUCCCUGUAAAAUUACGAUUUAAAAAACUUAAAAUGUCUUUAGAAGCAGUGCAGCAAUUAUGGGAAUUCUGCUGUGUCGGAACAGAUGGGGAUGGGUAAACUUUAAUUACAGGUUGAGAAUAUGAACCACAGCGAUAAAUACAUCUGUCCGUACCCAGCUUCUUGCAGUUCCAGUUCUGUGUACAUCAGUGAAUCAGAAGGGUGAGACUAACCACACCAAAAGAAGCAUCUGAAUUGUGUGUUCUUGAAAAUAAUUUUGUCUUCAUCUGAUGUUAAGUGAAUUUAAAAUUAGAUAUUUUCCCUUGCCUGCCAAAUCUGUAUGCAUUAGUUAUUUCAUGAUCUUCUGAAAUGCCUGGUGCAUUACUAUCUGAGAUACUUGCUGGUUUUUAAAUGGAAUUAGGUUUUGUAAAUACUUUGUCAACCCCAUUUCAGUGGGUGUCCAGUUUAUAUAUAACCUGAGGAAAUGCUGUGUCCAAAAAUAUGGUUAGACAUAUUUUGUCCUAUAGCAUCUCAAGCACUAAGGAACAGCAAUUGGAAACCAGGUGCAGGGAGUGAUUGCUUACAGUCGUUUUUCAAGGUUAACAUUAUCCAUGCUUUCCUACUUUCAAUGUGGAAAUAGAAUUUCCUCCAAUACGGUAUCCCGCAUAAAGGAUGAAACAAUUUGUGGUGCCAAACACUUCAAACUAUAUUGCUGAACAUUGCUGCCUCUUAUUACACUGCUGUUAAAAUUCAGUUUUUGAUCCUUUGCUGUCAUUUUGAUGGCCUUUUUAACAGAUUUUCCAGAAACCAUUUUCUGCUGCUUUAACAAUACUGUCCUUUUGGUUUCGUUUCUGAAACAUUGUCACUGAAACCUCAAUGAACUCUUUGACCCACUGUGGGUGAAAGAAGCACUACGUGGGGUGAAGUAAUAAAUCAGAAUUAAUUGGACUUUGAUAUAUUGCAGAAAUGUAUGAUGAAUAUAUGGUACGCGAUUGUAAAUUCUUAUCAUGGAGUGAUAUACUGGAAUAUUCUUUUAUAAGAAAUUUUAGCACAUGUAUCACUAAAUUCUGCAAUUAAAACGUAUGUCUAUAAUUGAUAUAUAGUAUUGUAAAUGGUAACCCAAAAAUUAAAUUUUACAGUUGAAGAGCACAGUGAAUAUGUAAAAAUAUGAUCUUCACUUUGUGAAUCAUUUUUUUUAAAAAGCACUUUCCUAUUACCAACAAGCAUGUGAAUGAAUUUUAGAUUCUCUCAUUUGUUAUGAAUCCGUAGAAGUGAGAUUACUUUAAUCUGUCUGUUAAUGGAUAAAUUGAUUAUACAAAUGCUGAAACAAAGCACCUUAUACUAUGCUGCUUAAACUUGCUUGUAAUUGCACCUUUUGUUACCUGCAGAUUUUUCUUAAUGAGUAUUCUUGUGUGAUACCAUUGUUCCCUGUGGGUCUGAGUGAAUGAUUAACCAACCAACCUGCAGCGUCAUUUACUUCUAUAGUUUCCUAUUUCAAUAUAAUAUUGUACUGUGAGUUCAGUGCUUCAGAAAUAAAUGCUACUUCCAUUUGUCUGC